AUGAUAUCAUAUAGUGUUAAAUUAAAAAUAUAUGACUUAUCUAGAGGAAUGGUUAAAACAUGGUCUCCCCUUUUAAUAGGAAAACAAAUUGAAGGAGUAUGGCAUACAGCGGUAUUAGUAUAUGAUAUGGAAUAUUUUUAUGGUGGUGGCAUAUUAUGUCUUGAUCCAAAAGAAUUUGAGGCUUUUUAUGAUAUAAAACCAGUGAAUAUAAUAGAUAUGGGAACAACUGAAAUAUAUCAAUCACAUUUUCAUGAGUACUUAAAUGGAAUUCAAAAAGAUUUUACUGUUGAUAAAUAUAAUUUGGUUAGCUGGAAUUGUAAUAAUUUUACUAAUGAAGUUUGUAAUUUCUUAGUUGGUAAAAAUAUUCCUCAAUAUAUUUUGAAUACUCCAUACGAUGUGAUGUCAACUAGUAAAGGAAAAUUAAUAUUAGAUAUGAUGCAGUCAUAUCAAACUAUGAUUGCACCAGGUUUGGAGAAUAACCCAAUUGAAAAUAAUAAAAGUAAUGAAAAUAAAAGUGUAGAUAAUAAAAAGGAAUUUCAUAAGUUACCAAGUGUUACAUUAGAUAAUUUCUUUGACGAUAACAAAAUAGAAAAAUUAAUAGAAGAAUUUACAAAAAAUGAUAAAUAUAAUUCAAAUCAGAAAAAUAAAUUUUUAAAUACCUUAAAGAAUUUUUUAGAUAAUAUAAUUAAAAAUUUAGAUAAUUUGGAAUACCGUGUUCUAUAUAAAAAAAAUUGUGAUACAUUUAACAAUUUAUCUACUAUCAGCGAAUAUAAUGAAGUAUUAUCAUCUAUUGGUUUUUUUCAAGGAUAUAUUGAAAUCGAUGAAGUAAACAACUUAGAAAAAUUUACCAUUUUUAUUGAUUCUAAGAGUAAAAUGCAUUCUUUUGCAGAACAUUUAGACUUAUUUAUAAAUAAAAAAAUUUUUUUAAAAAAUCAAGAUGAAACCACUUCCAAAAUUUACAUACUAAAUUUUAAAGAUUUAACUGAUUAUAUUCCUUGUAUCGAAAGAAAAAAAAGUAAUUCUAAUGACAUUUUAAUUUUUAUGUCAGAAGCUUUUAUAAACAAUAAUUUUGAUAUCACAAAUGAAAAAAAUGAAGUUACUUACUUCAAUACUAUAAAAGAAAAUAUAAAUGCUGAUCCAUAUAUAGAAAAAAAAUUCUUACUAUCCACUUCUGAAAUUUUAAAAAAAAAUUUUACUUCCUUAAGUUCUUUAGAAUGA